CCAGCAUGAGAAGACCGGGACCAGAACAAAGACUAGGACUCCUCAGACCGGCCUGAACCCCGCCUGGAGGGUCCUGGAAGAUUCUGGAGGGUCUCUAAGAGAUUGUGGAAGGCCUGUAGAGUCUUUGAGGGUCCGGAGAGUCUUUGAGGGUCCUGGAGAGUUUUUGAGAGUCCUGUAGAGUCUUUGAGGGUCCGGGAGAGUCUUUGAGGGUCCUGGAGAGUCUUUGAGAGUCCUGUAGAGUCUUUGAGGGUCUGGGAGAGUCUUUGAGGGUCCUGGAGAGUCUUUGAGGGUCCUGGAGAGUUUUUGAGGGUCCUGGAGAGUCUUUGAGGGUCCUGGAGAGUCUUUGAGAGUCCUGGAGAGUCUUUGAGAGUCCUGGAGAGUCUUUGAGGAUCCUGGAGAGUCUUUGAGAGUCCUGGAGAGUCUUUGAGGAUCCUGGAGAGUCAUGGAGAGUUGUAUUUGUUAUUCCAAGGAGUCUCUGAGGACGCUGUGAUAACAUGGACACAUCCAGAUACUGAACCAGUAAAAGAGUUAUUACCCAGGUCAAACCUGCAGAUGGAGCUUCGAGUGUUGUCAUGGAAACACUGCUUCCACCUGACUUUACUGCUGGUCCACCUGAGUUCACCUGAAGUCAAAGCGACCUGUCGUAUCCUGAGAUGUAACUCUGACUUUGUGGCGGCCACGUUGGACCUCGGCAGCAGCAGUGGAGGAGGAGGAGGAGGAGCUCUCAGCAGGGAGGCGAUGAAUGCUGGCUACUGUAGCGCCCUGCGCUCCUACUCCAUGUGUACGAGGCGGAUGGCGCGGGCGUGUCGGGGCGACCUGGCGUACCAUUCUGCUGUUCAGGGCAUCGAAGACCUGCUGAUUCAGCACCGCUGCCCUCGGGCGGGGCCAACUGCACAGCCCCGCCCCCUCCCACAGGGAACGCUGUCGGGGGACGCCUGUCUCUAUGAGAGGGGCUUCUUCUCUACGGAGGGACGCACACCUGAGUACCUGCACUGCAGCGUCUUUGGAGACCCACACGUCCGGACCUUCAACAAUGACUUUCAGACCUGUGCUGUAAAGGGGGCGUGGCCUCUCAUAGACAACGAGUACCUGUACGUACAGGCCACUAGCUCACCCAUGAGGGCUGGGACUAAAGCCACUGCGCUCACCAAGAUCACCAUCAUCUUUAAGAACAUGCGUCAGUGCGUCGACCAGCAGCUGUACGAGGCCGAGCUUGAUAACGUCCCCGCCGCCUUUGCUGACGGCUCGGUGUGGAGCGGCGAGCGGUGGGGUCACCACAGCCUGACGGUGAGGACUCAGAGUCCCGGCAGACACGCCGAGAUCAGAGCGGCUCACAUCGGGACGCUUCUGGUGGUGCGUCAGAGCGGGCGGUCUCUCAGCCUGUCGGUCAGAUCGCCACGCGACGUCAUCGAAGCGUUCGGUCCAGAGCAGGACCUGCAGCUGUGCGUGUGGGGCUGCCCCCCUUCUCAGAGACUCAACACACUCCGCCCACUCUUCCCAGACCCCCCGCCUCCAUCCAUAUUUAGCGCCCAGGCUCAUUGCACUGCGCUGCUUCCUGCUCAGGACGUUUACUUCCACGCCUGCGUGUUCGACCUGAUCACCAGUGGAGACCCAAACGCCAGCAUGGCCGUCGUCAACGCGCUGCAGGACGCCACCAGCAUGAUCUCUGACAUGCAGACGCUCCACCUGCUGCCUAUGGCAUCCGCCCACCAGUGCAGGGCUCGCCUCGACCUCCUGCUGCUGCUGCUGCUGCUCAGUGUGGCGCUCAGGUGACGCAUUUCCUCCAAUCAGAGACUCGGUCUGUGGCAGCUCAGAGCAGACCUACACCCGAACUCGCUCACGGCCAACGGGAGUCUUCUUACGACCAGAGACGACUCGGUUUUAGGAGAUAACUAACCAAUCACAUGCCGGAGUGGGCUCAGAGCUGCUGAAGCUGAACAAACACCAGACUGACCAAUCAGCAGGGCUGAAACAAACUGACGACUCAGCAGUUUCCAAUAAACUUUAGCAACAUGAAAGAUUUGA